CUAGCUAGCAGCCAGCUUCAUCGAUCUGCUAGCUCUUGGGCUCUUCCUAGUUUCUCUGUUUUGAUCGUUAGAGAUCUAGACUAAGAUGUCUGUGCGAAGGCCGCGGGUGGAGGAAGAUGACGAGCAGGGCAGCGGAGGUGACGAUCAGCAGCAACGGCACGGCGUGAGGCGCAUACGCCAGGCGACCCCGGUCUCCUUCAGAUCCGUCGUGAGAAGAGCCGUCACAGCAGACACUAUCCAGCAAAUAGUAUUCGGUUUGGAACCGGUUAUCCGUAGGGUGGUACGGGAGGAAAUUCAGAACAUCUUUUAUCAGCAUAAUAACUUACCAUACAGGUCUCUUCCUUUACCCAUCCAAGAGGUCGAUGUCCCACCUAGGUUGAAGCUUUCCUUCACAAAGAAGCUCAUGCUACCGAUCUUUACCAACAACAAGCUUGUUGAUGCCGCAAAGAAUACAAUUGAAAUCUGGCUUAUAGAUACUAGAACCAACCAUCAUAUCACAGAAACACACACUAACCAAGGCUCUUCAACAAUGAAGCUAGAGGUACUUGUCCUAGAUGGUGAUUUCAGAUGUGAAGACGACAUGGUGUGGACAAAUGAUCAGUUCAACGCUGCAAUUGUGAAGGCUAGGGAGGGUAGGAGACCACUGCUUGUGGGUAGUACACUCAAUGUAGCAAUGAAUAAUCAAGGAGUGGCUGUGAUAGAGGAUGUGGCUUUCACUGACAAUUCAAGUUGGAUAAGGAGUAGGAGGUUCCGAAUUGGUGUGCGCGUCAUGGCAACAAGCUAUUAUGGGCCAAGGAUUCAAGAAGCAUUGAGUGAAAGCUUCACAGUGAAAGAUCAUCGAGGCGAAUUGUACAAGAAGCAUUACCCUCCAAUCCUUGCUGACAAUAUAUGGAGGCUCAAGAACAUCGGAAAAGAUGGGCCAAUUGAUAAGAGACUAGAGUCCGAGGGGAUCAAGAAUGUCCAAGACUUCUUGAAACUUCACACCAUAGACCCUGAUAAGCUAAAAAGUCUUGUUGGCAUGUCAGAUCGGCAAUGGAAGACAACACUCAAUCAUGCAAAAACGUGUAGUGUGGGAGGGAAAUGCUAUGUUUUCAAAUCUGAAGGGUGUGAUGUUAUAUUCAGCCCCAUAGGAGAGAUUUUGGCAGCCAAAAUUGGAGAGCAGACAUGCUCUUUGCAACAACUACAACAGGAACAUAUGGACAAAGUGAAGCAAUUGGCCUCCAUGGCAUACGAGCAAUGGGAACAAUUGGAGGAAGUGGUGGAAAAUGAGAUGACACCUGGUGCAUAUGAAGGUUUAAUGUCAUUUCCCGAGGAAAAGCCUAGUUCGUCAUGCACACCGGCGAGUAAUGAAAGCAUGAUCAGCUCAGGGUCUCAAAAUGUCGAGUAUCUAGACAAGAUGAGGUCUAGAACAGCAACCUCUAGUGUUGCAAUGGUAACUAAUAGCAACUACUCCUUAGAUUCUGCAUUGUCUAUUCCAACAAGUGAUGCUAUUCACUGGAUACCAAGCCUAGCUAUUGAUGACGAUCGCUUCACCUGGAACAACUCUACAAACCUUGGUGGUUGGGAUCAAGUUGAUUAAUUUUCC